AUGAUGGACCUCAACAGAACAGCGCUGCAAGAGUUCAUCACUCAACCCGUCUCGCGGGAGAUGGUUGCUCAUCUGGCCCAUCAGGCUGCACGGGUCAUCCGCUGUGAGCCCCAUGUGACAACGACCACACAUCAUACUCACGGACAACAUACACCACCGAGUACUCCCCCGAUGGAUGCUGGCGAUAUGCUGCCGUCAGUUGAGACUUUCAUCGCAUCCCUUGUUACUCGCUCGCAGGUUCAGGUGCCGACCCUGAUGACAACCCUGGUCUACCUUGCCCGCCUGCGUGCCCGUCUUCCUCCAGUCGCCAAGGGUAUGCGCUGCACCGUCCACCGCAUCUUCCUUGCUUCCCUUAUUUUGGCCGCCAAGAACCUGAACGACUCAAGCCCCAAGAACAAGCACUGGGCUCGUUACACAGCUGUCAAAGGCUACGAGGGCUUCUGCUUCUCUCUUCCAGAGGUCAACUUGAUGGAGCGCCAGCUACUGUUCCUCCUGGACUGGGAUACUCGCGUCAACGAGGCCGACCUCUUCCUCCAUCUGGAGCCCUUCCUGGCUCCAAUUCGCCACCGUCUCCAGCUUCAACAAAGGGAAGCUGAGAUGCGCCAGCCCCGUGAAUGGCGCAAAUUCCAGGCAUCUGCAGAGCUCCUCGCCUGCCGGCUCCGCCGCCAGAAACUGGAAGCUCGCCUGGAGGCUCGUCGCCGACUUCCUCCGAGCCCCAAGUCCUCCGCAUCGCUGUCUUCCAUGUCGUCCUCCUCGAGCCUUCAGAGCGACUCUUCUGCUUCCAUGGCUGAUUCUGAACGGUACCAGCCCUACCGUCCUCGACGGCGCCCAUCGUCCCGCAGUGGCAUGUCGGUAUCUCCGCCCUCAGUCCAGGAUGUCCCUGGAUUGUCGCGGACAGAGACUGUCCCAUCGCUCUGCUCCCGCUCGUCGAGCGUUGCCCCAAGCACUAGGAGCAACACUCCUGCCAGCCUGCGCCCUUCAAGCUCAUACAACAGCAUGGAGGACGUUCAAGUGGUUGAUUCAUCGCGCAGCCCAGGGCUUAGCAGUGGAUACGUUCAUCUCCCCUCAAUGAUGAUCGCAGCCGACGUGGCCAAAGGAGAUGGGUUGCAGCAGUCCACCAAAAAGAUGCGAAUGAGCGGCCAUUCUACUGGAAGUAGCGGUUUUGUGGCGCGCUUCUUGGCGUCAGCUACUGGCACCUACAUGGGCAACCGGAUGCGGCCUCGCGCUUAG